AUGGUAGAAAAACUUGAAAACACCAGUAAAAAACUGGAUCCAGAAAUCGACAUCAACAAUGCAAAGUUAACAUCAGACAAGCAUCACCCCGAAGUGGAAAAAGGACAGGCAUACAAAGACAAAGAAACUCUAAAGAAUGUCCUCAGCUACUACGCAAUCAAAAACAACUUUCACCUGAACAAAUGCCCUUUUUCCACACUUUGUACUGAAAUACACCUGUUUGAUCUCUGUAACAGGUUCUCAAAUAUCCACACAUGCCCCAUAAAUAUUAGGCAUGAAGACCAAAGGCAAGCAACAUCGAAACUGAUAGGGGAAUGCAUAAAACCGAAGUUCUUGAACAUAAAGACAAAGGCAACACCAAUGGACAUAAAAAGGGAGUUGAAAUACAGAUAUGGCAUCAAAAUGAACUAUAUGAAAGCUUGGAGAAGUAAGGAACAUGCAGUAAACGAAUUGAGAGGUAAUGCUAGUGACUCGUACAGCCUAAUACCGAGUUUCUUACACAUGGUGGAAAAAACAAACCCGGGAUCAUUUGUCGAUCUGAAAACAACAGAAGACAACAGCUUGCUCUUUGUUUUCAUGGCGUCAGAUGCAUCCAUAAAAGGGUGGGGAGCAUGCAGACCGAUAGUUGUUGUGGACGGAACGUUCCUCAAAGCAGCUUAUGGGGGAACUUUGUUGUGCGCAUGCACACAAGAUGCAGCAGGUCAUAUUUUUCCACUAGCGUUUUGUGUUGCAAAUUCUGAGAAUGACCAAUCUUGGAAAUGGUUCUUCAAAAAAUUUAAAGAAGCGUAUGGGGUCCGGGAACACCAAUGCCUAAUUUCAGACAGGAAUGGAAGCCUCAUCAAAGCAGCAAGAGAAAUCUAUCCAGAAAUUACACACAGUUACUACGGUUACCACAUUUUGAGCAACCUUAAAACAAGCUUCAAACAACAUGCUGCCAAAUACAAUCUGCCAUUCUUUGGAGCAGUCAAAGCCUACACAGAAAAGCAAUUCGAGUUCCACAUGGCUGAAUUGGAUGGAUUGGACAAACGCAUAAGACCUUACCUAAAAAAAGUCGGUUAUGAAAAGUGGUCAAGAAGUCAUAGCCAAAACAAGAGGUAUUCUACAAUGACCUCAAACAUAUCAGAAUCACUGAACGCUGCAAAUUUGGCAGCAAGGGAGCUACCAAUUACAACGCUGCUAGAAUGCUUGAGAGUAUUGGUGCAACAAUGGACGCAUACUAAUAGGACAAAAGCACACAACACCUUCACUAAGCUAUCACCAACUGGAGCAGACAUACUGUUGAAAAAUUACACAUACUCAUUGAAUCUGGAGGUUAAAGCAACAACAGAUUACUUGUUUGAGGUAACAAGAAUGAAAGAAUCGUGGGAAGUAGACCUAGAAAAAAGAACAUGCACGUGCAACAGGUUCCAAAUAGAUGAAAUGUCAUGCGGGCACGCUGUGGCCGUGAUGAGGGAGAUGAACAUGGACCCGUACAACUACUGUUCAGAUUACUACACAAAAAAAAUUGGCUGGCAACUUAUUCAGGGACAGUUUACCCAAUAGGACA